AUGCGCCGCUCGAGCUCCAUCUCGUCCAACCCGCCCGCACCACCACCACCGGCCCCUCCCCUCCCUUCCGCCGCAUCCGCACCCUCACCUGCACCUGCGCCCGCGCCCGCACCCGCACAUGCCGCGCGACCCGCACCUCCCCCUCCUCCGUCGUCUACUGCCGCUCCCGUCGCCACCGUCCCGGGCCAACCUCGCCUCGAGCCCAGCAUCUUCAACGUCGAGCCCAUCGACGAGUUCACGCGCGAGGUCGCCGACUGGCUGUGGGGCUUCUGCGCCCAGCUCGACUGGGACAAGACUGAUCAAGCUGUACGGGCCACGCAGAUCGAGGCCAAGGUCGGGCUCCUCACCGACUCGCGAGCGGGCGGCUCGCGCGUCCACCUCCCGGUGCCCAUAGAGACCAUUUUGACCGACGACACGGGCUUGCGGUUCGAGAGCAACAUGACGGUCAACCAGCACAAAGCGUUCAACAUGCUCCUCAACUCGCGCGUCGAGGAGGCGGCCCAGCCGUCGUACGCCUCGGCCCGCGUCCGGUACGCCCACACGCGCGAGCUCGACACGUUCCACGACGUGCCGGCGCACCAGGGCCAGCCGCGGCGCAAGGUGCGCGUCACGCGCGACCAGAAGGACAAGAGCAAGGUGCACGCCGUCGAGAAGGUCCGCGUCGCCGACAUGAACGUGUUCAGCCCCAAGAGGAGGUUCGACUGGAGGGUCAGCGUCAGCCUCGAGAUGCCCGCUCCCAUCCCCGACUCGGCCCCGACCCACUCUCGGCACAAGGACCGCAUCUCGUACUCGCACCAGCUCUUCCAGGUCGACCUCACCCAGGUCUCGAUGCCCCAGGCGCCGCUCGCCCCGCCGACGCACGAGCUCGAGGUCGAGUUCAGGGCGGCGCGGCCGCUCCUCGAGGAGGCGGCAAAGGAGCAGCGCGGCGAGGAGAACCGGUACCUCGACAUGGUCCAAGGGCUGCUCAACAACGUUCGUGAGUCCUGCCGCUCUCUCCCUCGUUGUCUUGGCGCAGAGCGAGCCUCGCUCGCGCCCUGA